AUGUCGCAGUAUGACUGCAAGAUAGUGUAUGUGCAAGGCGACGUGAAUACUGUUGCUGAUGCGCUGUCAAGAUUGCCAACAGAAACAACCAAAAGCAGCACCCGAGCAGAACGCAAGGCUCCAGGUCCUUGGGAUUUGGACAACGAACCAGACAACACACUGUGCGUCGUGCUUGAACGUCCAGAAGUGUCACCAGCAGACAUAGCAGAGGGUUUGACUGGCCGCCCAGCAGUCGCUGCGACCAAGUUGUCUGUCUCCGCUGACAAGAAGUUUCUGGAAGCUAUCAGAGUGGGCUACAACGAAGACCCGUGGACAAAGAAGAUGAAGUCCGUGAAGAAAGGCAUGGCCGGAAUUUCUGAAAAAGAUGGCCUUUGGUUUCUAGCACAUGACACCUUGGGUCAUUUCGGCACAGACAAGACAUACGGAUCCCUUCGAGACGCAUACUACUGA